GCUGAAGGACAAACAGGCCGAAAAAUCAAGCCUAUCACAUCGAGCAGCACUCAGUCAGCCGUGUGUUUGUGGUAAAGUCGGUGAAACGCGUUAAAAUGCCGGCAGGUCGCUUGUUAUUACAGACUUCAGCACUGAAUAAGAUUAUUUGCAGGAAUGCUUUCACUGCAAAGAAGAGAGAUACAUCCAAACCAAACAUGGUGCGAGUGGGACUAACAUUUGGAAGUGUAGUUUUCCUGUGGGGACUGCUCUUUACACAGCACAGCAACGACGUGCAGGAAUACAAGAAAAGAAAUGGACUUGAGUAAUUCUUCACAACAUGGCACGUUUCUACCCUCUCUGGCUAGGUUGUCAUGCUUGUUUUCCAUGUAUCUGUGUGGUCCAUUUCUCUUAGGAGAUCUAUUGUGAUGUAAAAUAAAGAUAUUUAUAUAUUAAA